AUGAUCAGAUCAAUUGCCAGAGCGUCCAUUGGUCGGCUCAGAUGGAACUCUACAGCCGCUGGAUCUCCAGCCAACAACGCCACCGGCGUGGUAUUCAUGAAUAUGGGAGGUCCAAAUAAGUCCAAUGAAACCAAUGACUUCCUCCAGCGUUUGUUCUCGGACAAGGAUCUUAUUCCACUUGGACCAUUCCAGAACAUCAUGGGUAAGGUGAUUGCCAAAAUGAGAACCAAGAGCAUUGAAGAAAAGUACGACGAGAUCGGAGGCGGAUCUCCUAUCAGAUACUGGUCAGAGUACCAGUGUGAGAGAGUCUGCAAAAGAUUAGACGAGAUUCUGCCCGAGCUGGCUCCACAUAAACCGUAUGUUGCCUUCAGAUAUGCCAAACCAUUGACUGAAGAUAUGCUAGUGAAGAUGAAAGAAGAUGGUGUCACCAAGGCUGUGGCCUUCUCUCAGUACCCACAAUGGUCGAGCUCCACGUCUGCCUCGUCAAUGCACGAAUUGUUCCGUCAACAGAAGGUUUACGAUCCUGAGAAGACUAUCAAGUGGACUUUCUUGGACAGAUGGCCAAAGGCCGAGUGUUUGGUCAGCCCGUUCGCCAGAUUCAUCAACGAUAAGCUCCAGGAGUUCCCUGCUGAAGAUAGAGACAAGGUUAUCAUUUUGUUUUCUGCUCACUCGUUACCUAUGGAGAUUGUUAACCGUGGUGAUUCAUACCCUGCCGAAGUUGCUGCGUCUGUCUAUGCUGUGAUGGAGAGAUUGAAGUUCAAGAACCCUUACCGCUUGGUCUGGCAAUCGAAAGUGGGCCCUAAGCCUUGGUUGGGCGCUCAGACAACGAGUAUAGUGGAAAAGUUGGAGCUCCAGGAUGAAGUCAAGGGCCUCAUUUUGGUUCCUAUUGCAUUUACCUCGGACCACAUCGAAACUUUGCAUGAGUUGGACAUUGAGCUUAUGGAGGAUGCUAAAAACCCUAAAAUCAUCAAGCGUGCUUCUUCGUUUAACGACGAUGAAGAGUUUAUCUCCGGUUUGGCUGACUUGGUCAAGGAACAUAUCGAGUCUGGUCGCCCUUACUCAAAACAAUUAGAGGUGGACUGGUUGUUGUCUAAGAAGUACACCACAGACACUUUCAAGCAUCCAAGUGAGUUGUUCACUAAAUUCUAG